CGCAGAGCGCAAUCAAACUUGGCUGCACGGUCACGACUGCAAUUCGGACCACCCACCACCAUGGAACCGAAGGCCAAGAAAGACCAGCCGAUAGCCGCCGUUUUACUGUCGCGCGCUCACGAACCCGACGAAGCGACCCGCAUCUACACCGAGAAGGUGCAGCAGCGGCCCCUGUUCUUGACCCCGUCGUCCCCGCCGCCGUCGGACGCGCGCGCCGCCCGUCGCCGCGCGCGGGAGAAGAAGAAGCAGCAGCGCAAAAAGGCCCUCAAGCCGAAGCCCCUCUCCGCGACGCAGCGCCGAAGGCUCGGCCUCUACGACGUGCCCCGCGAGCGGCAAAAGUACGCCCUGUUUGAGCCGCUGCACCGGCUCUGGCUCGGAUACGUGCGCGAGAUCCUGGGGAACGAGGUCUACUCGGGCGGUGAGGGCGCCGCGGCCAAGCUGGCAAGCGCGGAUUUCCACGGGGCGGGCGUCGAGGUUGUCCGGAGCGGGUGCGUGAGUCGGGUCGGGAUCAAGGGCAUCGUGAUCAAGGAUUCCAAGUUUGCGUUUGAGAUUGUCACCAAGGAUAACAAGCUCAAGCUGGUGCCCAAGGAGGGCACGGUUUUUCGGUUUGAGGUGCCUGUUCCGGACUCGAGAGCCACGGAGGGUGGGAAACAGAUGGAGGCUACAUCGAAAAUGGUUUUCGAGGUUCAUGGGGAGCAGUUCCAGUUCCGGUCUGCCGAUCGCGCGUCAAGAAGGUUCCGGUCGCACUUCUCCAAGAUACUGUGAGGGCAAGCGGGCUACCAUCAGGAAAGCCCUUGUUGUCACUCGUCGAGCGGCCGUGCCGUCGCGUCUUCGAAGGCGAGAAAGGGGCAUGGUGCUCUGAUGCAACUAUCUACCGGCAUUCAAUAACGGUCGUCCGCCAGCACACCAGCCGCGGAGUCUCCGAGGCAAACAUCCGACCUAGACCGAGAUGUGACUUCGUGGGAGACCUUUCCACAUUCCGGCUCGGGUUUGCGAUUACAGCUGCUUCAAGGCAGAUGCGACCUUGAUCUCCAGGCACGGAAAUUAAGCUCUAAUGCGGCUUGCCCUUCGGAUAUGUUUCUAGGAGGGCAUCCGCGCUCUGGUUUCGUGUGGUGGUCACGGCGUGCCCUGGACCAUGGGCGGCUACGGGUUUGGUGGACGGGCAACUUAUGGAUGAACUAUAAACGGAAGACCCUCGAUCCUGAGAGCGACCGAGAGACCUCGAGGGGAUGCAUCUGAAUGUUGAUUUGACACAGCUACAGAAGGAAUCUCUGUACGGGGACAGGUUCGGGGCAGUCAAGGAGCAUAGUUGGAGAUGCCGGCGCCGAGCGGUGUACGGACACCAUAGAAACACUCAGCUGUC